GGAGCUUCGCGAACGUCGGCUCUUCCGUUCGCUUCCGGGCUGCGCUGAACCUGUGCGGCUGCCGUAGGCCGGGGGUCGGUAGCGCCGGUCAGGAUGGAAGUGAAUCCCCCCAAACAGGAGCACCUGCUGGCCCUGAAAGUGAUGCGGUUAACUAAGCCUACUUUAUUCACCAAUAUUCCAGUAACAUGCGAAGAAAAAGACUUGCCUGGAGACCUCUUUAACCAACUCAUGAGAGAUGAUCCUUCAACUGUAAAUGGUGCAGAAAUUUUAAUGUUGGGAGAAAUGUUGACUUUACCACAGAAUUUUGGGAAUAUAUUUUUGGGAGAGACCUUUUCCAGUUAUAUCAGCGUUCAUAAUGAUAGCAAUCAAGUUGUAAAAGAUAUAUUAGUAAAAGCUGAUCUUCAGACAAGUUCUCAGCGUUUAAAUCUUUCAGCCUCCAGUGCCGCAGUGGCUGAACUUAAACCUGAUUGUUGUAUUGAUGAUGUCAUACACCAUGAAGUAAAGGAAAUUGGAACACACAUCUUGGUGUGUGCAGUGAGCUAUACAACUCAGGGUGGAGAAAAAAUGUAUUUUAGAAAAUUCUUCAAAUUUCAGGUUCUCAAACCAUUGGAUGUGAAAACCAAAUUUUAUAAUGCAGAGAGUGACCUCAGUUCUGUGACUGAUGAAGUAUUUCUCGAAGCCCAGAUUCAGAAUAUUACAACCUCGCCCAUGUUUAUGGAGAAAGUUUCAUUGGAACCAUCUAUAAUGUACAAUGUAGCAGAAUUAAACUCAGUCAGCCAAGCUGGAGAAUGUGUAACUACAUUUGGGUCAAGAGCAUAUUUGCAACCAAUGGAUACACGCCAGUAUUUGUACUGCCUAAAACCCAAGAAAGAGUUUGCAGAAAAAGCAGGCAUCAUUAAAGGAGUAACAGUAAUUGGAAAAUUGGAUAUAGUGUGGAAAACAAAUCUAGGUGAAAGGGGAAGAUUACAGACCAGCCAACUUCAGCGAAUGGCUCCAGGUUAUGGAGAUGUUAGGUUGUCUUUGGAGGCAAUCCCAGAUACCGUAAACCUAGAAGAACCUUUUCAUAUUACCUGUAAAAUAACAAACUGCAGCAGUGAAAGGACUAUGGAUCUGGUUUUGGAAAUGUGCAAUACCAAUUCUAUCCACUGGUGUGGCAUCUCAGGAAGACAGCUCGGAAAGCUACAUCCAAGUUCCUCCCUCUGCCUGGCUCUCACCCUGCUGUCUUCGGUGCAGGGACUGCAGAGUGUCUCCGGCUUAAGACUAACAGACACAUUCUUAAAGAGAACGUACGAAUAUGAUGACAUCGCACAGGUCUGUGUGGUAUCUUCGGCCAUUAAGGUGGAGAGUUGAAGAAAACUUCCAGUGUUCUACUUUUCAUGGAGUUUCACAGGACUUCCUGUGUAUUUGUCACCUUUGUGAAAUGAUCACAUCUACAACAAAAAUAAGUACCUAUUAUUUAAAUUUCUUUCCUGCAAAAGUUAAAAUAUUAAAUAUUUGUUUUGAAAAGAACCAUCUACAGAUUUUAUCUUGUGAAUUAUAUUCUAAACGGACAUUUGUAUAUUUCCUACACUCAGCCUGUUAACAUCUUUAGAUAACCAUUGGAUUUGUUUCUCAAAAGCUCUAUAUUUGAGGCACUGUCCCUAGCAAGUAUCUAGAAUGGGGGGUUAGCAAACAUUUUAUGUAAAGGACCAGAUACUAAAUAUUUGUCUUAGCAGGGAACGUGAUUUGAAAAUACUAAACUCUGGGGCAGCCCGGGUGGCUCAGCAGUUUAGCGCCGCCUUCAGCCCAGGGCGUGAUCCUGGAGACCUGGGAUGGAGUCCCACUUCGGGCUCCCUGCAUGGAGCCUGCUUCUCCCUCUGCCUGUGUCUCUGCCUCUCUCUCUCUCUCUCCUCUCGGUGUAUUCUCAUGAAUAAAUAAAUAAAAUCUUAAAAAAAAAGAAAAGACUAAACUCUGCUAUUGUAGUGGGACAGCAACCCGUAGGCAAAAAGAGCACAGCAGUGUUUACAGAAGCAGGCAGCUGGCCAGAUUUGGCCUGCAGGCUUUAGUUUGCUGACCUUGAUCUGAAAGAUAAAAUUGUUUCUUAAAACUUUAGAUUUUUAUAAUACUUUAUUUGAGAAUUUUCCAAUUCACCCUUGUUUUCCUAACUCCUCAGCAGAAAAAGUUUAAGACAACUAGAGUAGUGCUUAUGUAACCUUAAUAUUGCCAACACAUUAUGAGUUCUCCUAGUUGUUUUCAAGGUUAUUAUAUUUAUGUGUACCUGUGUUUGUGGUGACAUAUAAACACACACAUCUAAAUAUCAGUUACUAACAGCAGAUCAGAAUUGGUUUAAUUGCUUGGAUUGUUGAUUACUCUGUUAACUUUUAACUAAGAAUCCUGUUAAUUUUUUUUUAAGAUUUUAUUCAUUUAUUCAUGAGAGACACAGAGGGGAAGAGGGGUGGCAGAGACACAGGCAGAGGGAGAAGCAGGCCCCAUGCAAGGAGCCCGACAUGGGACUCGAUCCUGGGACUCCAGGAUCAGGCCCUGGGCCAAAGGCAGGCGCCAAACCACUGAGCCACCCAGGGAUACCCUCCUGUUAAUUUUCUAAGCUAAAAAGCCCUGUGUUUUUUCACAUUGAAAAAUAAGCCACUUAUUUUCCUAAGGCAUAUUUAAAGGAUUUCCAACUUCUGAUAUUUGAUUUUGAACUCUAAAUCAUGUAUAAAUACUACAAAACUGUCUCUAUAUGUAAUCACAGUGAUUUACUUAUUCCAGGAACAAAAUAGUAAGAAAGUUAAAAUUGUAAACAAAUUUGCAACAUGAAUAUCCUAAACUUCAAUAUUUUGUAAGGAAACAAAAAGCUUAUGCUGUUAAAUAAAAACCUAUUUUGGUAAGUCGGAAUUCAAGGAUGUAAAUAUAAUUGCUUAAAUGUUAGAUGCAUUAAUUCAAAUACAAAAAUUGGUUUUUCUUAAAUGCAUAAUUAUUUAUUGCCAUGACAAAUUAUUUGGUCCAAAGUGAAAGCUAUAUUCAGAAUGAGAUUUGCCCCUUAAAUUGCACUAAUAAUGAAAUAUCUGUGCAAAAUAAAGUGCAGUCUAAAGUUGAA